AUGGAGAGAGAGGAGAUGCAGACAGACAUCAUUCUACACAACAGUAUCCUCACAGCAGCGGCUAGAUGCCACUGGCCGGAGGCUUUGGCAGACCUGCGAAGCAAGGGACUGCAGCCAGAUGAGGUCACCCACGGCCUGCUGGUAAAGGCAGCUGGAGAAGGCCGUUGGCCAGCGGCACAGGCUGCGCUGGCUGAAGGUUUGCCGAGCACCACGCGCAGCGUUGUCUCUUUCGGGGCAGCCAUGAGUGCAGCUGAGCGGCAAAGCGCUUGGGAGCAGGUGGAAGACUUGCACUUGAAGCUUCAAUCGCAAGGCGUUUUCCCCACGUUAUAG